CAAAGUCGAGAGAGAGACGCAGGGAGGGAAGGGCCGCCUCCGUAUUUUGGGCUUUCUUCUUUAAAGGCAUCACCGAAACGAAAUUGUCGCCGCCAGUUCUCGCCCUACUCUCCGGCUUGUGCGUUCUCUCUCUCUCUGUAACAAGAGAUUCUGGCGGGUAGAAUUUGAGCAGAGAAAGAAGAAGGAUGACCAUUGAGAAGGGGAAGGUUCGAGAAGAAGAAGAAGCAUCAGCUGUUGCUCGUUUCCAUAAGAUUAUUUUGGGAUGGGACUAUACACAGCUUAUAAAAGAGAAUGAUGUGAAGAAAAAGGAGGAUACUAAAGCCAAGUUGAGUGUUGUGAAGAAUACUUACAAAGAUGUUGAUGACUAUUAUGAGGCCUUUGAGCCGCUCCUCUUUGAGGAAGUUAAAGCUCAAAUCUUGCAGAAACAAGAUGCUGAAGAAGCAUCGGAGCCUAUAAUGAGAUUGGUAAUGGAGUGCCGCGAGGCUGAUGGGUUUCACAUUCUGCUCGUCACUUACAAAGACGGGGAAAGGGAGAAGGAGAAGGAGAUGGAGAAUAAGUCUCUUGCUCAAAAUGAUCUCUUAUUGCUAUCAAAAGAACAGGUUACAGGGAGUUCAUUUCCUAAAUCUUAUGGGUUUGCUGUUGUGGAAAACCUUACAAAGGAUCGUAUUCGACUUCGGAUGUAUUUAGCUGAAGAGGUGGUGCAGAUAACCAAAAAGAUGAAAUCCUCUAGAACAAAGCCCUUUAUCAAAUCUCUCUCAAAUAUACGUUCUCAUAUUACAUCUUCUGCCGACCCCAGAGAUAAAAGUGUGUUCACUUUAAAGUUAUGUAGUUUGUCAACCAUAAUUCGGGAAUAUACUGCACUACGAUCGAUCAGUUCGCUUCCUUUCAAGGAUUUAAUCUUUACUGCAGCAGAAAAAUCUUGUGCUUUUGGAGAUGAUGCUUGGAAAAUAUCUGGACCUCUGCAUGAUUACUUUACCGAGAAUCUUAAUAAAUCUCAAAUGGAGGCAAUUGAUGUUGGUCUAUCAAGAAGAUCCUUUGUCUUGAUACAGGGUCCUCCAGGAACUGGGAAAACUCAGACGAUUCUUAGCAUUCUUGGUGCCAUUAUGCAUGCCACUCCAGCACGGAUUCAAUCUAAGGAGAAUGAGCUAAAGCGUCGAGUUCAGAUGACCACUGAGGAGAAAUAUAAUCACUGGGCAUUAGCGUCUCCUUGGAUUUUGGGUGUCAACCCACGAGAUGCUAUCAUGCCUGAAGAUGGCGAUGAUGGUUUUUUCCCGACCUCAGGAAACGAGAUGAAACCAGAGGUGGUUGAGGCAAAUCGGAAGUAUAGGAUACGUGUACUUGUAUGUGCUCCAUCAAACUCUGCACUCGAUGAGAUUGUGUUGCGUCUUAUGACUACGGGUCUGCGCGACGAAAACGCGCAGAAAUACCCACCCUCAAUGGUUCGAAUUGGUCUCAAGCAUCAUCACUCCGUCGACGCAGUAUCGCUUGAUAACCUCCUGAAUAAAAGGCGUGGCUCAACCAUUGAUAAAUCAAAACAAGGAACCACAGGAACUGAUGAUGAUAGCCUCCGCACUUCAAUAGUGGAAGAGUCUGCAAUUGUUUUUUCUACGCUUAGUUUCAGUGGGACACCACUUAUCGCUAAAUCAAACCGUGGUUUCGAUGUCGUUAUCAUAGAUGAAGCUGCACAAGCUGUUGAGCCGGCAACUCUUAUCCCCUUGGCCACUAAGUGCAAACAAGUAUUUCUGGUAGGGGAUCCAAAACAACUCGCAGCUACUGUAAUCUCAACUGUUGCUCAGGCUUCUGGCUACGGCACAAGCAUGUUCGAGAGACUUCAAAAGGCUGGCUAUCCGGUGAACAUGUUGAAAACCCAAUACCGGAUGCAUCCAGAGAUAAGAAGCUUUCCGUCAAAGGAAUUCUAUGAAGAUGCACUGGAAGAUGGAGAUGACAUUGAAGGCCAGACAACUCGUGACUGGCAUAAAUACCGUUGCUUUGGUCCGUUUUGCUUUUUUGAUAUACAUGAAGGGAAAGAGUCUCAACAUCCAGGAGCAACUGGUUCUCGUGUAAAUCUAGACGAGGUGGAAUUUGUUCUUCUCAUCUACCAAAAACUUGUUACCAUGUACCCGGAGCUCAAGUCAAGUUCUCAGCUAGCUAUUAUAUCUCCUUAUAGCUUCCAAGUUAAAACUUUCAAAUCUCGGUUUAAGGAGAUGUUUGGUGAAGAUGCAGCAAAGAAAAUGGUUGAUAUCAACACUAUUGAUGGGUUCCAGGGAAGGGAGAAGGAUGUAGCAAUAUUCUCAUGCGUUAGAGCUAACGAUAAAGGAGGAAUUGGUUUUCUUGCUAAUUCUCGGCGUAUGAAUGUUGCGAUUACACGAGCGAAGUCUUCUGUUUUGGUUGUUGGUUCAGCUGCAACAUUAAAGAAUGAUCCGCUCUGGAAGAACCUUGUAGAAAGUGCUGAGAAGAGAAACCGAUUGUUCAAGGUAUCCAAGCCAAUGAAUGAUUUCUUCAGCGAAGAGAAUCUAGAGACGAUGAAAGUGACGGAGGACAUGGAUAUUCCUGACGGACCAGGGUUUGAAGAUGAAGCUCCUCCUCCAGUUACAAAUUUGGGUGGAGAUGAUGAUAAUGACUUUGGUGAUGGUGAUCAGGACGAUGCAGCCUUCGCCGAGGAUGACUAAAACUCUACAAAAUCUUCUCGUUAUUAGUUAGAACUUAAAUUAAGAGCAUACUUGUUUGAAUAUUUAACAAUAUACUAGAUCAUGACCCGCUCUACCGAGCGGGAGUCAAUUUUUCUUUUAUCUUUGUUUCUAUUAAAUUUACUAAAUGUUAUACAUGAUUGCAAUGUGUAUUAAUAUAAAAUUUUGAUAAAUAACAA